CCCGGCUGGGCCCUCACCAUGUUCGCUGCAUCAGAGGCGGCGGCGGCCGCGGGCAGGCCUUACGCGUGCAGUGAGUGCGGCAAGAGCUUCCGCUAUAGUACGGUGCUGCUGCGGCACCAGCGCGCCCACGGCGGAGACAGCUGCUUCCGUUGCCUAGACUGCGGCGAGCGCUGCGCACGGGCUGCCGACCUCCGAGCACACCGACGCACCCAUGCCGGCCAGACGCUCUACAUCUGUAGCGAGUGCGGCCGGAGCUUCCGCCACAGCAGCCGCCUCGACCAGCACCAGAGUGCGCACAGACAGCACAGCCGCUCCUGCCCCUGCCGCGCCUGCGGCCGCCGCUUCCCACACCUCCCAGCUCUGCUGCUGCACCGGCGCCGCUGGCACCCACCUGAGCGGCCCAGCCGCUGCCCGCUGUGCUCCCGCACCUUCCGCCAGAGUGCACUGUCCUACCACCAGGCGAGGGCGCACCCGUGGGGGACACCUGUCCCGCCCGCCGACCGGCUCCACCGCUGCGCACAGUGCCCACGGGCGUUCCGCAGCAGCACCGCCCUGCGGUGCCAUGAGCGCGUCCAUGCAGCCCAGAGCCCUGGCAGCUCCACAUCCCAGCAGCCACGUGCUCCAGACACACACCAGUGCGGUGUGUGCGGCAAGAUCUUCUGCAAGAGCGCCACACUAACACGACACCUGCAGACGCACUCAGGCGAGAAGCCUUUCAAAUGCCCGGAGUGCGGCAAGGGCUUCUUGGAGAGCGCCACGCUGGUGCGCCAUCAGCGCACACACACGGGCGAGAAGCCCUACGCUUGCGGCGACUGCGGGCGCUGCUUCAGCGAGAGCUCCACACUGCUGCGCCACAGGCGCAGCCACCAGGGCCAGCGGCCGCACGCAUGCACCACCUGUGGCAAGGGCUUUGGGCAGCGCUCCGACCUGGUGGUGCACCAGCGCAUCCACACUGGCGAGAGGCCUUUCCCGUGUCCCGAGUGCGGUCGCCGCUUCAGCGACCGCUCAGACCUCACCAAGCACCGGCGCACGCACACGGGCGAGAAGCCCUACCGCUGCGAAUUGUGUGGGAAGCUCUUCACGUGUGUGUCCAACCUCAAUGUGCACCGGCGCAACCACGCUGGCCACAAGCCCCACAAGUGCCCCGAGUGUGGCAAGGCCUUCAGCGUGGCCUCCAAGCUGGCGCUGCACCGCAAGACACACCUGGGCGACCGGCCAGCAGAAUGUGCUGAGUGUGGCAAAUGCUUCAGCCACAGCCGCUCGCUGUCGCAGCACCAGCGGGCCCACACACGUGCUCGCGCCGCCGCUGCCACCCAGGUCCCCGCAGGAGCUGCCCUCAUCUUUGCUGGGCAGGCAGGACAGGAAAAGCCGGAACUUUUUGUGUCCCAGUUGAGGGAGACUUGCUGAGAGGCUUCUCUGGAGUGGGCUAGGCAAGCACCAAUAUACUGCCACAGGGAAGGUGGGGCAGCUCCCAGAUGGAGGUCUGUGGAAAGGUAGCACAGCCUGUCACCUUUCCCUAUCUCUGUUGGUAGCCCUUCACCUGGCCUCCUGCCAUGCCCCUAUAUCUACUUCCCUUGUCAGCUCUUUUCCUGGCCUCAGUCCUUCUCCCCCUCUGGGGUGUAGGUGCGGGGGCCGGAAAACCUCCAAGACCCCACAGCAUAGAAGAGA